AUGACAGCGCUGGCCGAUGAAGUGAGGGGAAAGUACUCGCUGUCGCUGUCGUCUGACUACGUCGAGCGCUGCGUUCAGGCGAAGGCGUCGCUAACCUCCCUUGAGCUGUACCAGAAAUCGCUUUGGGAGAAUUUGCGCGAUAUCUGCGGCACGAGCCUCCUGCCCUACGGCAUCGGCGCUCAGGUUUCUGCCACCCUUCCCAAUGCUGUUGUCAUGCAAAUCAACGUGUCACGAGACGCGACGCAGCCGUUGCGGCCCUGCGCAGACAUCUCUGAUGAGGAGGCAAUUCUCAAUGCGGCCUUUCAGCGGAACUCCAGCAAAAGACUGCUGCGGUUGCAGCUGACUGACGGAAAUAUCGAGGUCCCAGCAGUGGAACUGUCUACCUUGCGUGUGUUUCAUGGAAUCCCAACUCCUGGUGAGAAGGUGCUGAUUCACAAGGACGCCGAGGUGCGCAACGGCUGCAUCAUUUUGUCCGAAAGCAAUGUCUCCCUGCUCGGUGGUGAGGUGCAUCAGUUGAAGCAGGACUUCCUCGCUCACCGUCGCCGACUGGAGGCUGGCUACCAGACGAGCAACGGCCUUGAUGGGGCGCCUCGUUUUGCUCCGCUGGAGGUGGGGCAUCGCUGUCACAGUAGUGUGGUGCACAGCGGUGCCCCGGUUGACAUGGGGUAUCAUGGCGUAGCUUUACCGUACCACGCGAACGAGCGUGGCGGUAUGCACGGCAACCAUUGUCACAGCGGUGGCGGUGGCGGCCGUGCUCAGCAAACAGGCGGGAACUAUGGAGGGCAUAGUAGUGGCGGCGAUCACGGCAGAGGAGGACGGGGAGGUCGGGGCAGCGGCGGUGGUGACCGUUCUUACGGCGGCGAUGGUUGGCGAGGUCAUGGUAGGGGUGGUGGCCGAGAUGGCAGGCGAGGUGGUGGUGGCAGCGUCGACUCCCGCGGGCGUGUUGGUGGUGCGUCGUACCACGUUGACACGGCAAACUUCCAAGCAUCGGGGGAGAAGUUUCCAGAGAUCAACGAGGCGAAUUUUCCGCGGCUUGUAUGA